CGGCAGUUCUGCCAAGGCCGCCAUUUUUUGCACAGGAUAGAAGGGAUCCGGUGGAAAAAAAAUUAAGAGGGUCAAAAACUGACCUAAAACUAUAUUUUGAGUUUUAAAAAGCCUCACGGUUCACAAGACUAAAGAACAAAGCAGCCGACAAGGCAAGCGGUGUCAGUUUUUGGCGUUUGAAACCAUCUUUUCUUCAACACAUCCGCAGUGGAGAGUAUUGUUUUGGUCCUGGUCUCCAUUCAAGGCUAUUACAGUGGACACUGAUACAGAGGAUGCAUGAGGGGAAAGUGCAGUUAGAGGAAGUGAGCAAAGUGAGAUUAGACCUGAACCACAACUCAACAUCUUAAUUUUGGUGUUGUGGAUGCAUUUAGAUGUGUGCCAUGCGUGCAGUGGUUGGUAUGCAUCAGUGUUUGGGAUCGCUCGGCUCUGCUCUCAGUAGGACUCCACACUCGCAGCACAGAGCGUCAUGAGCUUAGUCAUCCCAGUGGGGGUGGACAACAUGGCUGCCGGCUCAGAACCUGAAUCUGUGGAGGCCAGCCCUGUAGUGGUGGAGAAGUCCAGCUAUCCUCAUCAGAUCUACAGUAGCUCUCACCACUCGCACAGCUACAUCGGCCUGCCUUACGCCGAUCAUAACUAUGGGGCUCGGCCGCCCCCGACGCCCCCCGCGUCCCCCCCACCGUCGGUGUUGAUGCGUCCGGGCGAGGGCGUGUUUGGGCAGGACGAGGCGUCCCGGGGCACCACGCUGAGCACGUCGGAGGACAGCAGCUACGGAGCCGACAUCACGCGCUGCAUCUGCGGCUUCACACACGAUGACGGCUACAUGAUCUGCUGCGACAAGUGCAGUGUGUGGCAGCACAUAGACUGCAUGGGUAUCGAUCGGCAGCACAUUCCCGAGACGUACCUGUGCGAGCGCUGCCAGCCACGUAGUCUCGACCGAGAGCGCGCCAUCCUGCUGCAGACCAGGAAGAGGGAGAACAUGUCCGAUGGAGACACCAGUGCUACAGAGAGCGGUGAUGAAGUUCCUCUGGAGCUCUACACCACAUUCCAGCACACGCCGAGCAGCAUCACGCUCACCACCGGCCGCCUCGGCAACAAGCAGAACGACAAGAAGCGCAAGAAAAGCGGAGAGAAGGAGCCGGCCCCACCCGCCCGUGCCAAGAAGGCGUUUAGAGAAGGCUCCAGGAAGUCAAACAGAGUCAAGGGCUCAGCUCCGGAGUGUGAGCCCAUGGACUCUCCGUCUCUGUGGGAGAGUAAGGUGAAGUCGUGGAUGGAGCGCUAUGAGGAGGCGAGCACCAAUCAGUACAGCGACGACGUGCGAGUGCUGCUGCGUGUCAAAGAGGCCCGGGAUGGCAAAACACUCGCAUACAACACACACCCCGCGGCCUUCAAACCACCUGUAGAGAGUCACGUGCAGAAGAAUAAGCGAAUCCUGAAGGCGGUGCGUGAUCUCGCGGCAGACUCCCUGCUGAUCGAGUACAGGGGGAAGUUCAUGCUCCGCCAGCAGUUCGAGGCCAACGGCUACUUCUUUAAGAGGCCGUACCCGUUCGUAUUGUUUUACUCCAAGUUUGACGGUUUGGAGAUGUGUGUGGACGCGCGCAGCUUCGGAAACGAAGCGCGGUUUAUUCGCCGGUCCUGCACACCCAACGCAGAGGUGCGUCAUGUGAUCGAGGACGGCAUGUUGCACUUGUACAUCUACUCGCUGAGGUCGAUACCCAAAGGGAGUGAGAUCACCAUCGGGUUCGACUACGACUAUAGCAACUGUAAAUAUAAAGUGGACUGUGCAUGUGUAAGAGGGAAUCAGGAAUGUCCUGUUCUCAAACACAACCUGGAGCCCACGGAGAACCUGGUUUCUGCUACACGGCGCAGAGGAAGGAAAGAUAAAGAGCCGGCGAUUCGGGACGAGGCCGGACAGAACCAGAACCUCACCCUGGACUGUGACGGACCCAAGGCCAAAACGAACAACGACAGCAAACAGAGGAAGCUGUCUCCUCUACGAGUGUCCAUCUCAAACAACCAGGAUCCUGAGUUAAUUGAGGAUCUAGAAGAGAAAACCUCCAUUAGCAAUGACGUAGAGAUGGAGACAGAGGAGCACAUGGCAGAGAGGAGGAGGAAGAUGACACGUGAGGAGAGGAAGAUGGAGGCCAUCUUGCAGGCCUUUGCCCGCAUGGAGAAGAGGGAGAAACGGAGGGAGCAAGCGCUGGAAAGAAUCGGCACCAAGGGAGAGGUUGGCACUCGGAGUGAAAUUAAAGAGGAGCCUCCUGCUACUCCGGAGGUUGAGUCACCUGCUACGCCAUUGUUGGAGACGGUGAAAGAGGAGGCCGCUCAGAAGGCAGCGAAGGUCAGUCGGAACAAGCAGAGGAAGAGCUUCUCUCGGAACCGAACGCACAUCGGGCAGCAGAGACGGCGAACACGGACGGCCAGCGCCUGCUCCGACCCUCCACCGGCGUCUCCCGGAGACGCUCUCGAAACGCAGCUAAUGGCAGAAACGCAGGACGGGGAGACGGGAGCAGUGCCUGAGACUGAAGCUCCACCUACUCACCCCCCAGACGCCACUGCCAGCCCACCUCACACCUCACCUGGGCACAAGUAUCCCAAAACAAAAAAGCACUUAGUGAACGAGUGGCUGAGUGUGGAGAAGCAGGAGCAGCGCGUGUUAAUGCGUAGUCCCGAGCCCGUUCCUGAUCGGCCGCUGAGGAUCAGCACCGAUCCCGAAGUUUUAGCCACGCAACUCAACUCUCUGCCCGGGAUGGCCUGCAGUCCACACGUCUACAGCACGCCCAAGCACUACGUCCGAUUUUCUUCCCCGUUCCUGGCCAAUCGCAGCCCCAGCACCCCUACGGUGCCUGCUGCUCGCCGCCGCUCACGAGAACUCUCAGAUACUCCACCCACCUCUGGUUCCUGCAAAAAGCGUUGGCUGAAGCAGGCUUUGGAGGAGGAAGGAAGUCUGAGCCCAGGUGGGCGAACCCUCCUGAUGCCUGCUGAAGGACCGCUGACCCCGCCAAUCAACGGAGAUACUGACAGUCCCAUCUCACUUAACGGUACCUGCCCAGAGUUGCCCACGCCGCUGAAGAAAAGGCGUUUGUGUCCGCUAGACUCGUGUGUGUCGGAGUCGUCCACGCCGUACGCCUCUCCGUGUGCUACACCGACACGACCCGAACCCUCCGACACCCCGCUAACACCUCAGCACCUGAACACGCCUCCAGAACCUUCUACACCCACACACACCUCCCAGAACCCAGCACACACCACGCCACAAGAGAGCGAGUCGCCGACAGACAGCUCACCGGAGGCCAGCCGAAGAUCCAGCACACAAGAGGUCGAUCGUGCGCCGUCGCUCUUGGCCUCUCCUAUUAGAAAGCUUCCUGAAACUGCGCCUCAGGAGUCUCAAAGCCCCGCCCCCUCGCUACCAGAGCCCCACGAGGCACCUUUAGACGAGGGUACAGAGGGAGAAGGCACUACAGAGGCGCCGUCUGCAUCCUACCACACGUGGAUCAAGAGCCCCGAACGAGGCGGCCUUUCAUUCUCACCUAUUAACUCCAACCUGCGGGACCUGACGCCGUCACACACGCUGGACAUGGGGACGUUCAACGAGGGCGUGUCCUAUUACCCCUGCGCCGAGGAGGGAGGGAGCGCGAGCUUCACUCGAUCGCUCAGCGGAGACGCCACCGAGGGAGCAGGAACAGUUCAGAAUCCACCACAGAAGAAGAAGGUGUCUCUGCUGGAAUACAGGAAGCGGCAGCGUGAAGCCCGACGCAGUGGAGGCUCCAAGAUCGAAUGCAGCUCCCCACUUUCAACAGUGCCCCCGGUGGACGUCUUCCCUAUCACCGUGGAAACAGCGCCGGACGCUGUCGUUCCUGUGGUAACGCUGGGCUCCAGGACCCCGCAGUCUAGCGAGGACCCGGACACCCCCCAACAGGGGGAGAGAGAAGGGGGAGAUGGACAGUGGGUGUCUUCAACCUCAGUGGAACAGGCCAGAGAGCGCGGAUACCACAGAGCCCUGCUGCUCAGUGACCAUCGCAAAGACACAGAUGGAGGAGAGACAGAAGGAGGUGACGCUGUAGUAAGGGACUGUCCAUCACCCAAGAGCUGCAAGAGUCCUUCAACACACACGUCUCCGUCUCCAGGCCCCAGCUGCGUGUCUCACUCCUCCCUUCGCUCGUCUAAAGAAGAGGACAGCGACCCUCAGUCCCGUCCCUCGGUCCAGCCGUCCUCGUCCAAGCCACCUCUGUCCAAAUCCGCCCCUCUGACUCCCAGCAAGCACCCCUCCCAAGGGCACUACGCCACUCCUUCCCUCCCUAUCCCCUCCCCUAAAUCCCAGCCUCAGCCGCAGGGUUCGCCCUACCGCGGCCAGAGGACCUUCUUACCUGCCCCACCCCCGAACCAAUCGCAGUACAGCUCUCAGAACGCUCCGCCCCCUCCUCCUCCGCCCCCUCCGGUACCCCCUACUUCCUCGCCCUACUUCCCUACGCAGUUCAAAGCAGCCGUUUCGACACCCUUUCCUCCGGGCUCGCAGACUCUGCUGCAGUCUCACCACACCCUCCACUUCCAGAGCAGCUCAGCCCCGCCACCUCCUCCACCUCCUCCUCCGCCUCAUCCUCAACCGGGUCCCGCCCUCAUCCACGUCAAUCAUCUGCAACCUCCUCCAAUCCAGCAGCAUCAGCUGAUCCUGAGCUCUGCCCCUCCCCCGCCACCGCCGCCACCCCCUCAGACGCAGAGCUCUCAGUCGGCGCAGGUCAGCGGCACCACCGUCAAUUUGCUGUCUAUCAAACAAGCCCCGCCUCCUCCGCCAUCAUUUCAGAACAUUGGUGCUUUUCAGACUACUCUCCUGCACCAAUCGGGAGCGAGCAACCCAACAGCAGUAACCCCAUCGUCAUAUCAGCAGACUGUGUUACCGCCCCCUCCUCCGCCCCCACCGCAACCCAACCCGCCUUCUCAGGGGUCCUCGUCCAAUCCUAACGUGGCGCAGACCCGAGGCCCGCCCCCUUCCUCUGCAGCAUUUCAUAACGCCGGAUACAUGGGGACGGGGUGGCACUGACUCCGCCCACUUCACCCGCCCAUAAUAAAGGAACUCGUAAUGAGGAAAAAGCGGCGGACGAUUGGACAAAAUGUAACAUAGGCAACUCGAUCGUAGUGUAUAUAAUUUUUUAUGCACCUUUACACCCAGGAAACAGGACGAUGCAACAAGGGUACACUUACACAGACCGUAACCUGAUCUGAAGAGACUUUACAAGAUGAAAACAAAAUGGCGGCUCAGUGGUGCUCAUUACACAACCUAAACCCCUCCUACCUUCUUCCUCUUCUUCUUCUUCUCCUUUUUCUUCCCUGACACACACUUCCAGUCGUCCUGUCUUACUAGCCGUCUUUUAACGUUUUUAGUUUUCCCCAUUUUCUUUUUCACACUUGUACGAUGGACAUUCCACGUCGACCCUUUAUUUUCCUUUCUAAAAUCCUCAUGUCAUUUAUUCGUUUUAUCUAGUGCUUCAUUUAUAGCAGAAGAAAAAAUGCUUUUUGUAUAGAGGAAAAAAUACAGAAUUAUUUUUUUUAAUCCUUCAUGUAACUGAUUUAAAAAAAAAUAUCUGCAGAAAUUGAGAAGAGACCUUUGUGUUAGGCCGCUUCGCCGCUCCAGGAGUCUGCACUUCUUUGUACGUGUGUGUGUGUGUGUGUGUGUGUGUUAGUCCAUGUGUGUUAAUGUGUUCAUCAUGACUGUCUGUGUGAGUGUGAGAGAGAAAUUACUUCUGUUCUCCCUGAGCGGUUUAUUUUUUUGAAUUUCCACGGUUAUUUGUAGAAAGUUGUAAUUUAAUUGUAUAGGUUGUUCCUCCAGCGUUCUUUCUGCAGAGACAGUGUAAAUAUCGGCUUCGUAUUUUUUUUUCUUUUCUACACUUGUACAAUUCGCUCCCAUCCCAUUUUUUUUUUCUUUUUGGAAUAUGGUUGUAAAUAUGAGCGCAUACUUCGCAUAAAAAAAGAAAACGAAAGAAAAAAAAUAAAAAUCUGAAUGUGUCUGUGACCGUAGCACUAUUUUUAUUUCUGUCUCCCAAGAUGAUUCAGUUUGUUUUCUCUCUCUCUCUUGCUCUUAUUUUUAUUUUUUUUUGUGCGUGUGAGUGAUGCGCGUGUGUGUAUGAAGAGCAGAUGCUCACAGACACAACACUGGUUGGAUAUUUUCAUGGUUCAUAAUAAUAAAUCACUGUAAUGACAGUUUUAUACCACC